AUGACUUGCCGGCACCGAGCGGGCUGGGGCAGGGCUUGCCAGCCUCCAAUGGUGCUUUCGCAAAUGGCGGUCUUCCUGACUCACCAGGCAUUGCUCAUGCCAGUGCAGCAGAUAUACAGACAACUGCGAUGGCAGAGCUCCAAGCACCGCAACUUUCUGGCGACCCGAAACCAGUGGAAAGCAGAGACCCUUUCGGAUUGGAGGACCUCUCCGGCGGUUACGUUCCCAGCGCGGCCUCUGCACCUCGGCGUCGGAGACCUCGCGCAG